AUGUACAAUGUGACAGGAAACAUGUUGCACUUCCCAAAGCCUAAUUAUCACCUCAUUGUGCUAGUUUUCUUUCUCAUAUUGCUUUCAUCUACCCUCACAACAGUAUCUACGACAAGAGAAGGAGAAGCUCUGUUAAAAUGGAAGAACAGUCUACCACCAUCCUCUUCCCUAAAUUCUUGGUCACCCGUCAAUCUCAAUAAUUUGUGUAACUGGACUGGCAUUAUCUGUAACUCUGCAGGUUCAGUGUCAGAAAUAAACCUUUCACUAAAACAACUUAGUGGAACGCUUGCCAAUUUCAGUUUCACUUCAUUUCCAAAUCUUAAUAGUCUUGACAUUAGUGGCAACAACUUUACAGGUCCAAUACUACCUGCCAUUGAAAAGUUCACGCAGCUUCAGCAUCUUGAUUUUAGCUUUAACAAGCUCAAUGGUAUCAUUCCAAACCAAAUUUGGCAUCUUCAGAGAUUGCGCACCUUAGACCUGUCAGUUAAUUACUUGGAAGCUUCAGACUGGUCUAGUUCUUUCUCCAUGCCUUUUCUGACCAACCUCGACCUUAGUUUCAAUAAAAUUGGGGCAAGAUUCCCAGGCGUUACAUCCAAUUCUUGUAACCUAACAUGUCAAUUGUUGCCUGAGUCAUUAGUUAACAAUCUGCAUAAUCUGGAAGUCCUUUCUCUUCAUCACAAUUCUCUCGACGGGCCAUUUCCACCAAGCAUAUUCAAGCUUUCCAAAUUAAGAUAUCUCUCCCUAUCAAGUAAUCAUUUUUCAGGGAAUAGCUUUUCAGGUUCUGUUCCAGAUGAUAUAAGGAUGCUUAGUGAUCUUGAAUACCUUGAUCUUAGUCGGAAUUUUUUUGAGGGGCCUUUUCCACAAAAAAUAUUCAAGCUUUCCAAAUUAAAAGUUCUUGACCUAUCAAGAAACAAUUUUUCAGGUUCUAUUUCAGAUGAUAUACGGAUGCUUCAUAGUCUUGAGUUGCUCCAUCUUGAGUACAACUCUUUUCAGGGACCCUUUCCACCAAAUAUAUUGAAGCUUCCGAAUUUAAGAGUACUUGACCUAGCAGACAAUGACUUUUCAGGUUCUAUUCCCAGUGAUAUAAACAUGCUUCAUGAUCUGAAAAUACUUUCAUUGUUUUCUAAUUCAUUUGAAGGAACUAUUCCUUCUUCUAUAAGUCUACUCAAGGAGCUACGAUACCUUCACCUCGGGUCUAAUCAUCUCAAUUCCACUAUUCCUUCUGAGCUGGGGCUCUUGGCAAACCUUGACCGAUUAUAUCUUGAUUCCAAUAAUCUUACUGGCAAUAUCCCUCAUAUCUGA